UCUAUUUUAGUAAACGGAAGUUAUUACAGAGACAAGAGCUCCAAAUCUUUUGCAGAUCAGAGAGUACAAAGAAGGCAUCUCUAAAAGAACAGCAAAGUGCAACCAGGUAUCAUGUUGUAAGUUGUGAAUAACUACAAUCAAAAUCUAAUUGCAAUGUCUGGAAGCGACCAUCCUGAAGAGUACAGAAUUUCAUCGCUUGUCUUCUACAGCUUUAUUUUCACAAUUGGCUUAUUUGUUAACGUCACGGCUCUCUGGGUCUUCAGCUGUACCACCAAGAAGAGAACAACGAUAACUAUAUACAUGAUGAACGUUGCGUUGCUUGACUUGCUUUUUAUAUUUUCCUUGCCUUUUCGGAUGCUUUACUAUGGCAAACGGUCUUGGAUCUUUGGAGAUGUCUUCUGCCAGGUUCUUAGUGCGUUUACAAUUUUUUACCCCAGCAUCGCUCUAUGGCUGCUAGCUUUUAUAAGCGUGGAUAGAUAUCUGGCUGUUGUGCAGCCCAAACAUGCUAAGGGACUCAAGAACACAACCAAAGCUCUGACAGCCUGCAUAGGCCUUUGGAUAACGACUUUAGCAACAUCUUCUCCACUGUUGUUCUUAGAUUCUGAUCCAGACAGAACGUCAAACUUCACCACUUGCAUUAAGAUGAUGGAUAUUAUCUACCUAAAGGAAGUCAAUGUAUUAAAUCUUUCUCGACUGAUUCUUUUCUUCUUGAUCCCUCUAUUUAUCAUGAUUGGUUGUUACCUAGUCAUCAUUCACAGUCUCGUUCGUGGAAGAACUUCCAAGCUGAAACCAAAGGCUAAAGAGAGGUCCAUCAGAAUUAUUGUGACACUGAUUGUCCAAGUGCUUGUGUGUUUUGUGCCUUUUCACAUUUGUUUUGCAUUUCUGAUGCUCCAGCAUGGACCUGCAAGUUAUAACCCAUGGGGAGCGUUUACCACCUUUCUCAUGAAUCUCAGCACAUGUCUAGACGUAAUUUUGUACUAUCUUGUUUCUAAACAAUUUCAGGCCCGAGUGAUCAGUGUCAUGCUUUAUCGUAAUUAUCUUCGAAGCGUACGAAGGAAAAGUACACGAUCUGGAAGCAUGAGGUCAUUAAGUAAUAUCAACAGUGAGAUGAUAUAAAAAAACUGUCAAUAAAUACUUGAAUAGUAUUCAACAGAGCACAAGAAAGUAUAGCAAAACUUUAAGAACAAAUGGAAAAUGUCAAAGAAGAAAGAAAUAACUAUCAUUCCUUUCUCAAAUGGUUUCCACUCUGAAAAAAGAGGUUAGCCUAUUUGGACAUGCAAUGAGACUCCUGCUUAUUUAAUAAAUUCAAUUUUAUACCUGUUUCCUUAUAAUUUUAUUAUCUUUGCUGCUUGGGUGUAAAGAUUAUGUUACCUUUCUGGAAAUUCAAAAUCUGAAACUUGGUUGAAAAUUGUAUUAUUCCAGUGUUUAUAGGAUUGCCACACACAUGCAAGAGGGGGGAAGCAUGGAAAGGGGGAAACUGUAGAAUUCCUUAUUUUGAAAUAAAAGCCUGUAGAAUUCUGUAUUUCAAAAUCAAGUUUUCACCUGCAAUAAACAUUUAAGUAA